AUGCCGCCCUCCACGUCUCCGUACAACCAUGGCAACGAUUCUCUGUCCCACUUGAACGCGUCCGCGACUUCUUUGCAAAUACCCAUCAGCAGUACCAUCAGUAGAAGUUCCUCCUCAAUCGACGAACUCAAGCGCGGCAGUGCCAACAUCCCAACCAAUGGCAACCAAUCCAUGAAGCCCAAGGCCUGGGUCGUCGCGACCUACGUUCUUGGCAUAUUCUCCGUGCUGAACUUCAUCAGCGAAACUACUUUUGUCAAGCAAACCAGAAACUUGAACGAGGCGUUUGUGUUUGCUUCCGCGGUGCAAGAGGACUAUGCCCAUGAAAACUUGGAUCUAACACUCAUUGAUGAAAUGGGGAUACUCAAAGACGAAGCAACUCAAAACCACAAUCGCAACUUGCAAAACUUACAACGAGCAGAACGUCGGGACAAUGGCUUCGUCCCAUUGUACAAGCUGAUUCCGCCCAAAAUCCCCAAAACGUGCCCUGAAGGAUUCCAACCAGCGCCGAUUGUCGUAAACCCGACAGCCGACAAGGCGGAAGGCCGCAAGAUUCCCAAGAUUGUACACAUGACGGGCAAGAGUCCCUGUCUGACACCGCCCUUUUACGAUGCCUGCCUGAAAUGGUCCUUUCCGGGACAUUCCUUUUACUUUCACGAUGAUCAGGCAGUGGACGAAUUGUUCAACCGAGAUUGGCCCAUGUUUCCACAGUUAAAGAACACCCUUGAGUGUCUCAAGAAUGCGGGGGGAGCUGCCAAGGCUGAUUUGUGGAGGUAUCUAGCCCUGUGGGAAUAUGGUGGAAUCUACACGGAUAUGGACAAUCUACCAGGUGAAUACUUCAAUGAGACGACCAUCACAAACGAUACGGACGCUUUCUUUUUACAAGAGAGGGGAGGCUGGGUCAGCCAAUACUUCUUUGCCGUGGCUCCCAAACACCCCGUCAUGUUCCUUGCUGUUCAUGAUGUCAUGAGAGAAAUGCACAACUUAGAAGACACGGGCAACUUCUACGUCCCGGCCAAGACGGGUCCAGGUGCCACCAAACGGGCAUUUUUGUUUUUCAUGGGGAUUGACACCCGAUCGUCGGAGCAAGAUGUCAAGUUCUAUUCCAAACCACCUGCGGGAUUGUAUCAUGGCAAAAUCAAUGGCAAUAGGACAGUGACUGUAGAAGGCAGCCGAUCCAUGAGCGGCAAGUGGGUAGCUCGGUCAGCCAUUGGCGGAGGAGCCAAGAGGAAUGGUUUCAAGGCCAUGAACAUUUCUAACUAUCAAGAACUGAACAAGAAAGAGUCCGGUAGGAGUUGUGUAAUGCAGCUUCACGACUACUACAUGCACGAGCAGCAAGACGAAAUAUCCAAUACCUUACGCAGACGACGGUGGUAG